CUCAGCACACGUGUUAUCGCCGGUACAUGAAGUGAUCCUAACAGUGAUUUCUGUACUGAACGCGUUUAAAGAUUCAUUUAUUGUGUGAUCUUGAGCAGUGGAAGAAUAGAACAGUUCGAGGAUGGCGACCCCAGGCUCUGGUGACCAUUCUGCAGCCCCGAAGCCUGGUGCCGGAGGUCGGGGUUCCAUGUUAAAUGUCAGAGUGCCCUCUGCUCUUACACACGGUCGUCUGCCCACCAUGCGCUCCAGAGACCUCACACUGGGAGGAGUAAAGAAGAAAACCUUCACACCAAACAUCAUCGGUCGAAAGAGUAAAGAAGAAUUGAAAGUUGAUGAAGGACCCAGGAGAGACAGGAAGGAUGCAGAACGAGGCAGACAGAGGGAUGGGCGGGGUAGAGGCCGUGGGCGCCCGGAAAUCAUCCAGUCCCAUUCCAUCUUUGAACAGGGGCCAGCAGAGAUGAUGGCUAAGAGGAGAGGUGUGUAUGAAGACGCUCGAGACACCACUACCAACGCCCCCUGUCCCAUCAUCAACAUUAAGAAGGAGAAGAGAGAAACUGAGGAGGAGACCAAAGAGAUUCUGCGCAAGCUGGAGAGAGACACGUUUAUGGACGACCCUCAGCUGAGGAGCGAGGCACGGUGUUGUCCCGUGCAGCUGCCUCUGGCUGUGUCCGGCUGGGUCUUUAAAGAAGAGUUUGAGGAGGACUCUGACCUAACAUCUAUUAAAACGGAGGCAAAGUCUAUGGUGGAAGAGCCGAUGAACACAGAAAGCUCUGUUAAAGUCAAACAAGAGCCUCCUGAGGUGCCCGUUGUAAAGACAGAACCCAUGUUUAAGCCGCCACCCCUGCCCGAGCCAGAGUCCCUGAUCGACCUGCUGGAGUCGUGGAGUCGCUGCAAAGAGGAGGAACUGCUCUUCGUCCAGCUUCCCGAUUCACUACCGGGGCAGCCGCCCACCAGCGACUCCAGACCGACUAAAACAGCCGUGCAGUCUGAGGACGGCCAGAGCAUGCUGCAGAAGACCGAAGGCCAGGAGGAAGCUGAGGAGGAGAACAGCUGCCGUCUGAGGGAGCUGCAGGAGGGUUUGGUGGGCCGUAUGUUGGUGAGGAAAUCGGGGCGCGUGCAGCUUGUGCUGGGCAGCGUUACACUUGACGUGGCUCUGGGGACACCCUGCGCCUUCCUUCAGGAGCUGGUGUCAGUAGGUACGGAGGGCAGAAGAGGAGAUUUGACCGUGCUGGGCCACAUCAAACACAAGCUGGUUUGUUCUCCUGACUUCGAGUCUCUCUUGCAGAACAGAGUUUAAUCAGAACUUGAACACUAUUGAGCAGUUGUACAGACGUGUGUGUGUGUGGUGUGAGUGUAUGUAGUAUGUUGAGAAGACCAUUUGUAGAACAUGAAAAUGGAACGGGGGGAAAAAGGUCCUCCAGGUUUCAGAAAUUUAAUAUUUAUGACCACAGAUUCAGAGCUGUUUAUUUAUAUAUAAUUACAUUUAUUUCAAGAUAUGAAAUUGUGCUUGUCUUUAAGAUCCUACAAUAUGUUCAAAUUAAAGAACUAAAAAAUAAAA